GAAACGUCCAUUCUACAGGCCUAAUGGGUGCAGCUGACGACCCAAUGUCCAUCCAGCAGAGGUCAAGGCUGUCUUCAGCGAGCCUAUCACAACUGAACAGUCAAGGAUAGCUCCUCUUCUCGAAACACCACAACCCCUAGAUGGUGAACGUGCAGAGGAGUCAAGCCCACGCAUAGUCACCCGAUCUCAAGUCACACAACGCUGUGCGUCGCCGAUCAAGAUCUUCCACCCAUCUUUCCCUUCUCCGAUCGUCAAUAAACCCACACAUAACACAGCGUUAUGCUCUCGAGGCGGCUUUCUUUGCCCGCUGUCAUUGCAGCGCUGAUCGCGCAGGCCUGCGCGCAGAGCGUGCUCGAUGCGGUAGAUGGCCAACAGAAGGAUGACUCCGCGUCGACCUCGGAGACGAAGAGCGUCUCCUCGAAAGGCAUGAUUAUUCUAUGCACAAUCGUCGCUUUAGUUAUCGUCGUGGGAAUCUCGUUCACAACCAUCUUCAUCGUGUUCAAGAGACGGCGCUGGCAGAUGCGCGAAGCGCUCUACUCGACCGAGCGCAUCACCCCGGACAUCGAACGGGCGUCGAUCGUCAAAACGCCGACAAGCCAGUUGAACCGGGUCGGCACCCGCGCAGAUACUGAAACCCGGUCGGCGUCUCAAGCGCAAGAGGCCGCGGGCCAGGUCGAGAAGCCUGACGCAUCUGAAACGGCCGCGACACACCGAGGAUGGGGCUCGUUCUUCUCGUUCGGGCGGACGCAGAGCCGGCAGUAA